AUGGUGUAUGCGACUCUACUGAGCGAGGAGGACCUGAGUCGUUUCAGGACGAAGCAGUGCAAGCGCCUUUUGAACGGAGGAUGCAAUUUUGGAAUAGACAGAUGCCAGUACAGUCACAACGAAUUUUGGAACAGACGAUGCCCGUUCUACUUGAGCGACUCGUCUUUCAUUCGAUACAUAACAAUUAUGUGUCCAGAUGUAGAAACGAAAAGUGAUGGUUCUAUUAACAGUCUCUGUCUUCGAGGUGGAGAAUGCCCCUUCGCUCACUCAGCGGAAGAAAUUUUGUACCAUCCCUUGUAUUAUAAAACGAAAAGAUGUGAAGAUUAUAAAAAGGGAUCAUGUAAUACUUAUUACUGUCCAUUUAUUCAUGGCUUAGCAGAGACUAGAAUUCCAGGUACAUAUAAAUUGCCAUUCACCAAUGGAAUUAGCAUCCCUAAUAUCCCCAACGUAAUCAUUGUGGAUAAAAUUGACAUAACGAGUAAGACAACUGGAAACAUAAGUGGUGGAGACAGAUACAUGAAGAAUGUAAUUUCGUCUAAGAAGCGCAGCGAUGUCAAGCUAGUAGACCAUCUGAAAUUUUUUGACAAUGCACACUUUCCAAAAAUGAACAACUGUAUGAUGCCUACUUCGUACUCCUCCAUUGACUCCAUUCCAAAUAACAACACAGAUGCCUCCAGGAGCAACUGUGGGAAAAAAAUCACCCUGUCCUUCAGCCACAAUUUUGUGAAUAACUCAUCGGAAGAAGAUUUAAAAAAAGGUAGGAUAAUAUUUAAUGAAGAAAAUACCAUGGACCAUUUUUCUGCUUUCUCUAAAGAUGGGCUCGAUUAUUCCAUUAAUUCCUUCACCAAUUUUGACAAACACAUGAUGGAUUUUCCGACACACGGGAACAGCACAGAUAUGGGAAGGUCCUCUCCAAAUACCUUGUCGUGCACUAAUUAUAACGAAUUUUUGGGGGGUAACAUGGACAAAGGAGAGAAUCGCUCAUCGAUCAAGUCCAGCUUGUCGACUCAAGUGACGGAUGGACUUCACCCCGCCAACAACUGGAACAAGCAUUUCAAUAUGAUCAAGAUGAAGCAGAAUUAUUCUAGCUGUAGUACCGCUGCACACGAAAUUAAUUUUAACGAACAUGACAUGACAAGCGACGAAGUGGUGGAGGACGAUGAAGAAGACCUGGAUAAUUAUCUUAUGAACACGCUUCUGCCGAAGGGGGACGAGGACACCGAGGGGAUGCACAGCGGGAACGGAGACCAGAUCGGUGAUGAGAAGGUGCACUACAACUACCAAUGCAACUGCAGCAGUGCAAGCAACGAGCGGAAUGAUGACGGAAGCAUCCACCAUAAGCCAAGCUGUAGCGCACACCACGCAGGCGAAGAGCAAAACACGAGCGAAAUCAAUCUGCUAGAAAUUAUCAGGUGCCUGAAAAAUUUAUACGAACGAAUCAUGAAAGGCAAUUUAGUCUUCUCCCCAGAGCAGUGGGAUAACAUUGCCAAGAUAACCUACGAAAUUGUUCGUGUUGUGGAAUUUAACCGAAUUUUAAAAUUGAAGAGAACCACCGAUAUGAUGAAGAGUGAUAUUUGCAGCGGGAAAAACCAAUUCCCUUUUGAUAUGUCUAAGAUGACGGACAUGUGGUCGGAAGGGAUGAAGGGCUCCACUGCGAGGUUAGAAACGAACGUGCUUGUGAGGGAAGUGUAUGGCAAGGAAGAAAACAGUGCAAAUGAACAAGGCGAGGAGAAAGACGGAGAAAUUGCACCAAUGAUGAAGGAGGAAAACAUUAAUGAUACGAUUCAAAUUUCCACUCCAAGCGAGGCAGUAUUGAGCGAAAUGAAAAACAAUUUAGAGAGCAAAAGGGAAAACAUGCCCGAUGGAAUGAGCAUGGACGUUGCGGGGGACACCUACAUGAUGACGCAUCUGUAUCAGGGCCAGGAGAUAGAGAAUUACCCAAGUGAUAAAAACGACAUGGAUCUGUUUAACGUGAAGAGGAAAAUUUUAUCCCACCAGUUAAACAGUAUGAGUGAUGUAGCCAAUGGGAUAAGCGGGAUGGCCAACGUGAGCAACAACAAAAUUACUAGCUCAAACGGUAAAGUGGAUAACGCCAAUAAUGAAGAAGAAAACUCCAAAGACGACCCCCAUUUUUUGGACUACUACAAUUUAAACAAAGGCAACUUCAACUUUGCAGAAACGAAGGAAAACGCAGAUAAAAUUUUGUCGCAGCAGCCAUUCAUGUCUUUCUUUUCCUUUCUUUCCGAAUGA